GGCCAGAGACUGACCAAAAGGACAAAACCGAAGCAGUUGGUGAUGACACGUCUCGCACGUGGCUCCAUCUCGACACGCUUGUUCUAAAUUCGUUUGUUAAACGUGCACCGUCGUUUACCACUGACUUGCCCAGGAAUUCAAUUUUACAGUUUCAUCUACCUUCCGAUCCGAUCACACAAAACUUUUAAUCAAAUGCUCAAUUUUCGUUGACAAGAAUAAAGUUGAAAGGCUAAAGUGACGGUGACGUUGACGAUGCAGAGUCGGAGUCCACCGAAGCACAGACACGAUGGGACUUCGCCGCUGCCUUUGGGGAUGGAUUGGAGCCCUCCGCCUCGAAAAUGGCACGGGCGAGACACUGUUUGGCCGCAUGAUCAUCGCACAGGAUGGAGUUACUGUGUCACAAUACCUUCGUGGGUUGUCUUACCAAAAUCAAGAGAUUCAGAUCCUGUAGUGUUUUACAGGGUUCAGGUUGGUUUACAAUCGCCAGAAGGGAUUACGACCACACGAGGAGUCUUGAGAAGAUUUAAUCAUUUUCUGAAGUUGUUUAAUGAUCUUAGAAAGGCAUUUCCUAAGAAAAAUCUUCCCCCGGCUCCACCUAAGGGACUGCUGCGUAUGAAAAGCAGGGCACUUUUGGAAGAGAGAAGGUGCUCUUUGGAGGAGUGGAUGACAAAGCUGCUGUCAGACAUUGAUUUAUCACGAAGUGUUUCAGUGGCAUCCUUUCUUGAACUAGAAGCUGCUGCGAGGUCUUCAUUUCAAGAUGUAAACCGCAACUCAUCAGAAGCAAAUACUUCUGGUAAUAGCACUGUUCCUUCGCUUAAAAUGCCUACCCAUUCAAGCUCAGCUCUUACUGCUAGUUCCUCAGUCACUUCAGAUUAUGGUAGUGAUACUGCUUAUGAGACAUCUGAGGUUGGAACUCCAAGGCUAGGAAGGGAUGAUGGUUCAGAAAAUGGGAUUGAGGAUCUAACUUUGGAUGAAGAUUUGACAAGUCCCAUAGAAAAGCUAGUGAAGUAUGGUAUGUCCAAUAUUGAUGAGGGAUUGUUCAUGGGGCAGACUAUUCUAGAGCAGCUUGAAGGUUUUCCUAGGCAUAAAACACAUGCCCGACAACCUUUCAAUAAUGUUUUAGGGAAGGAUACACAUAAUGGGAAUGCUUCUAAAGCUUCAUUUCUUGCUGGUGAUGGAAUGGACCUUUUCUCCGAAUCAGAGCCUGCUAAGGUAAUAGGUCACACACGAAAGCUAUCAGCUGAAAGUGUUAGAAGUGACACAAGUUCUUUAAGAGGUAGUGAAAUGUCAAACUCUGGUGUUCCAAAUUCAUCUAUUGAUGGCUCUGCUGACCUUCAUGGAUGUGCUGAGAUUUCAAGUACCAUGGAACUUGGCAACACAAAUCUGCAGUUUUCAGGUGAUGGACAAGUAGUUAUUCCAACGGAUCAACGCCAUAAAUUGAGUAGGACUCUUUUGACAAUGGAGCGAAGACUAGUAACUGCUAAAACUGACAUGGAGGAUCUUAUAGUCAGAUUAAAUCAAGAAAUAGCUGUAAAAGAAUACCUUAUGACAAAGGUUAAGGAUUUGGAAGUGGAACUUGAAACUUCUAAACAGAAAAGCAAAGAAAACCUGCACCAAGCUAUUUUAAAUGAGAGGGAAAGGUUUACACAAAUGCAAUGGGACAUGGAGGAGCUGCGGCGUAAAGCUUUGGAAAUGGAGUGGAAGUUGAAGUCAAGACAGGAUGAAAAAUCAGAUACAGAGACAACAAAAGAAUCCACAAGCCAGGAGAAAGAUGCAGUGUCACAGGAGUUGGAUGCUACUAAACAACAACUUGAGAUUUUGUCAAAGCAAUAUGAAGAGCUGGAAGUAAAGUCAAAAGCAGAUAUUAAAGUUCUUGUUAAAGAGGUUAAAUCUCUCAGAAGUUCACAUAAAGGACUGAAACAAGAGCUGAGUCGAGCACUGAAUGAAAAAUCUGAGACCGAGGAACUCCUUCAGCAGGAAAGAGAAACAAGUGACAGAGUAAAAACUGCUAGAAAAAAGCUGCUACAUAAAUGCAGGAUUCUUCAUAGCCGGUUUCAGGAAUGCAAUACUAAUCUACUUACUGAAAAUCAAGAUAAUUUUAUCUUAGAAUCUCCUUCACUAGCGGAUGCUUUAGAGUUGUUGACUACAUCUGAUGACCAAAUUGCCCUCCUACAUGCAGAGGCACAACAAUUAGUAGAGGAUGAUGAAGCUGCUUCUCAUGACGGCAAUGAUGAUACGGUAACAGACGAGGAGUUGAGGAAAAUGAUAACAGAUAUCUUCAUUGACAAUGCUAAGCUGAGAAAACAGGUGAACUCUGUGAUUCGUUGUGCCCUCGUGUCGAGAAACAAUGAUGAGGCUGCCUCAGAAAACAAUUCACUCAACAAAUCACCAGAAAGAUGAAAUGAGGAUGAAUAUUGUAUUUUUUUUUUUUUUUUUUUUAGAGUAUAAUGAUGCAGUCCUUCACUUCUAGAAACACAUGGGAAACAAUCAUUUGCUGUUUCAAAUGGUUGAUGAGGUCACGAAAACCAAUAGUUUUGUGUUGGAAUUUUGUGAUCCCACAUAUAUAAAGUCUUUAGAAAAAAAGUGCCUCUUACACUAUUUGUUGUAUUCCUGUCCUGUGAUGAGACUUGAAUAAUUAGUAUGAACAUGAAAAGAAAAUUAUUAAUGAAGUAGUACACACAUUUCUUUCGAA